AAACCAUAAUAAAAUGUUUUUGAGGACUCGUUUGUUCAACCCAUUGUGGAAGUCAACCUCAAUGAUGGCAAACUGCAUUAGGCCAUCAGUUACUCAUGUACAAUUCUUUGCUUUUAGUGCAAAAUCUGAAGAUGCAGCAGAUAUUGACUGGGAUGCCAUUGAUUCAAAAUCUAUUAAGAAACUCACAAGUUAUCAUAUGGAGAGCAAGCUGUACAGUCAGUUGUCUGAUCAAUGGAAAAAGCCUCUUGCUAAGAAGCAGGCUACAAAGGCUAGAAGAUUAGAAAGAGAGGCUAAAAGAGAGCCUAUGCCAGAAGAGGACCAAAAAUUGGUAGUUCAUGAUGGAGUUCAGCAAAUAACUUAUCCUCAAGACCCUUAUGGAAUAUUUGCUAUAGUCCAAAUUGCAGGGAAGCAAUAUAAAGUCACAAAAGAUUCUACAGUUUUAUUAGAAAAGACUCCUUUCAGCGUUGGAGACCAGAUUGUGAUCGAGCAAGUCGUAAUGAUUGGAACAAAAGAAUACACAAGCAUUGGAAGACCAUUCAUUGAAACUGCCAAAGUUUAUGCAACAAUUGAGGAAGAGAGCAGAACAGAGAAAGUGAUUAUCUUCAAAAAGAAACGUAGAAAGACCUACCAGAAGAACAAAGGACAUAGACAAACUAUUCAUGGAAUCAGAAUUGAUGGAAUUGAGCACACAAUUACUCAGGAUCUUAUCCAAUAAUG